CUUUUUCAGAGAAGAGCAGCUGAGUGGGAAAUCUGUUUGAGAAAGUGGACACUGUGAUCUGGAAGACUGUACCUUCUGCACGGCGACAGAUUAGAUAUAGCGUUCGGAGAUGCAGAUCCGAGUGGUCCAGAUCUGGGGUUUCCUCAUGGCGGUGCUGGGCUGGAUCUUCGUGGCCUGCACCAUGGCCAUGGAAGGCUGGAAGAUCACCUCCAUCGGCGGCAUGGGGGGCUCGUCCAUCAUCAAGGUGGCCUGGUACUGGUCCAGCCUGUGGAGGUCCUGUUUUACAGAUUCGACGGCCGUCAGCAACUGUUACGAUUACCCCGUACUCUGGUCUGUGGAGGGCAACAUUCAGAUAGUGAGGGGUCUGCUGAUGGCGGCUCUUUCCCUGGGCAUGUUGGGCUUCGUGCUCAGUCUGAUGGGCAUGGAGUGCACCUUCAUUGGGGGAAAAGAAAAGUCAAAGUACAAGAAGAUCUAUGCAGGAGGAUGGUGCCACAUCGUCAGUGGUUUUCUGUCCACGUGUGGUUAUGCCGUCUACGCUCAGUAUGUCUCAGUGGAAUACUUCAACCCGGAAUUUGACGGACUCAAGUACGACCUGGGCACCCCGCUCUUCCUCGGCUGGGUGGGCUCAGCCUUUCACAUGACCGGCGGCUGCUUCUACGUGUGGUCGGUGUGCAAGCCGCUGUGUGGAGGAGAGGACACGAUAAUCAAAAUCCAAGCACUUCCAGACCCAGAGCAAACCAAGUCCACCACAGCUCUGUCCACAGUGUCAAAGAUCACCUCCAAGACCAAGCUCUCGUCCGUGUCCGAGCUGUCCUCGAGGUCCGACCGCUCCGACGUGUCCGGCAUCUCCUCCAAAUCCGGACGCACCUCCAAAUCGGGACGGUCGGCGAAGUCGGGGCGAACCAGCCGGUCCGCCGGGUCGAGCUCGGGAUCGGAAUCGGUGUCCGGCCUCUCGUCGAUGUCCAGCGUGUCAACUUUAUCGAGGAGCAGCAGCAGCAGCCGGACGGGAUCCUCGCUGUCGGGCAGUUCGAGGAGCGAGUCGACACCGUUCGUCAAAAACUCUUAUAUCUGAACAAAUGCGAUUUAAUAAGUGAAGGACAAAGAGAUUUAUGAAUAUGUGAAAUAAGAAUCAGUUUUGUACGAAUAAAAACUCACAAAUCUUGGCUUGAUUUUUUUUUGUGUAUCAUGUUGAAUGUGAUAAAAAGAGCCGCUAAUAGACUGUGUCUGUCUGCCUGUAACCUUUUAGACCACAAAUAAAACCACACCAGUCCCAUCAGGUCUGGUUGACAGUAAA